CACUAAAUUUAAGAAAAUGCCAAACAUGAAACAGAUCUUAGAGGUAUGUCAGUUAGAAGACCAGGUGUCCAGACUGGAGAGUACAGACGAGAUGACCACAGCGGUCAAGGAGAUGCAGCACUAUGCUAUGGUCAGGCAGCAGAUUAACAAAAGAAGUCACCCUGAUGACCAGAUAGUCCUUCACCUGUAUGGUCCCACGUCCAGCACCUCUCCCAGGUAUACCCUCCAUGUUGUGGACAGUGACAGGAAUGCCAGGGACAAUGUGUUUGCUAUUUUUAUUGCUCCUGAAGGAAGGGAGACAGAAUGGCUAUUCUCUACUAAUGAAGGAAGAAAACAGCUCUCUGAAAGCGCAGGAUUCCAACGGCUGGUUGUGGUCCUGCUACAUCGAGAUCACUCAUAUAUUGACAUGGAGAACAUCAAAGCUGAGUUAUCGGGUAAAGUCAUGGAGCUGGCCCCUGCUGAGCUGAAAAAUAAGACACAGGUACCGUUUCUGUCCCUGGGGGAUGGCAUAGGGCAUCGUACCAUCAAACACAGAGGGAAGAGUAACACAAGUGGUGAUUAUGUCAUAGAAGAUGUAGAGUCAGAUAACAAAGAACUCGUAAGGAGAUUGGUAUUUCUCAGCAACCCCAGUCUUGUUCAGUCAGAAGCCAGGUUGAAGCAGGAAACGUCGAAGAAAAAGAGUGGGAAGAAGAAGAAUGUAAAACGAUUGGUGGUUGACAGUAGCUUCUUAUCAUGCCAGCACCACAGUACAAUUACUGCUGGGAUGGCUCUGUUAGGAGACUUUGAGAAGUCUUUAGAUUCAGGUUUACAAAUGGCAAUAAUUGGUCUAGGUGGGGGUGGACUGCCUUUGUUUAUUCAUGAUCAUUUUCCUAAGGUCAGCCUAGAUAUUGUAGAGAUAGAUGACACCGUGGUCAGUAUCGCCAAGGAAUGGUUUGGGUUUGGCAGCGUGACAGAGGAGAGGGUUCAUGUGUUUGUGAAAGAUGGUCAAGAUUAUGUCAAAGAACUGGCUGCAGCAGGUGAAACAAAAGAUGUGAUAAUAUUUGAUAUUGACAGUAAAGACAGCAGUGUAGGAAUGAGUUCUCCUCCCAAAGGUUUUGUGGAAGCCGAAUUUCUGAAAGAUGUAGAGAAAACGCUGCACAGCGAAGGUGUUUUUAUCCUCAACCUGGUGUGCAGAGACAAGUCAUUGCGAGAGAGCGUUGUGCAAAACUUAAAAAGUGUUUUCAAGUCUGUACUCAAUGUAAAAAUCCCAGAUGAAGUCAACGAAAUUGUAUUCUGUUUGUCCAAUUCAAGACAGUCAGCAGUAGAAGUGACCCAAGAUUCAGAAAUUUUGCCAGAAACAGUGACAGGUGCUCUGAAGAAGUUACAAGACAGUGUAGAUUUAAAAAGCAAUGCAGCAGCAGAUGUGGUUAAUUUAACAUGGAGGCUGGAAGGCUUACACAUUUUAUAGUAAUGAUGUUUAUUGCCAAGCUUAAUAGGAUCCACUUGAAUUGUUUACAUUUAUUAAAUGCUGUUCUCAAGUCUUUCCUCAUAUUUCUUACGUCCAGAGUGAGAAACUGAGAGAAAAAUGGAAUUUUUUUUUUCGUUUUAAAUUUACACAUCAGAUUCGAGUGCCAAGCACUUUAAAAAUUAAAAUCAUUCAUAUAUA